AAAAUUUUGGCAAUGCCAUCAAUGAUGCCAUCAAUGAUUGGGUAGGGCGUAAUUCCCAUCCCAAUUCGGGCUAUAUAUAUUCUCCAUCAGCUGUAUAUUGGACCAGUCUAUAGUGAGCUCGUCUCAGAUCAUCAUUGUCCUCAAGAGAAGAAGAGAGAGAUCGUAAAACUAUCAAUCAUGAAGCUGAUCCUUGUCUUUGUUGCCGUCAUCGCUGUCGUCCUCGCAAAACCUGCGCAGCCAGCUGAUAGCCAGACUGUGGUCGUGAAGGAGACGCCUCUGGACAAUAUCGGCAUCGAUGGAUAUAACUUCGGUUAUGAGCUUUCCGAUGGCCAUUCCCAUCAAGAAUCCGCCCAACUGGUGAAUGCCGGUCACGAGAAUGAGAGCCUCGUCGUCCGCGGUAGCUUCUCCUAUGUCGACCCGGUCACUAAUGUUAGGUACACCGUCAACUACGUCGCCGACGAAAAUGGAUUCCAGCCGCAGGGCGAACAUUUGCCGUCUGUCUAAAUCUUAUUGUUAGCGAGAACCUUAGCUGCAAAUAUCGAAUUCUUUCGCAAUUCAAUCUCGUUUCUAUGUUCGAAGAAAUUCAAACUUCCUCUUUGAAUUUCUUCGAUCAUAGUUAUUUCAUGACACAGACUUAGUUUUAAAAUAAAUUCAUUUUUGCAUAAUUUUCUUCGUUCAAAAUUUACUCCAUGAUUCCUCCAUUUCCAACAUGUUAUUCUGAUUUUGUUAAUGGAUAAAUAAUUCUUAACAAAAUAGAGAAUAAAGCAGGUUAAUAGAUGUUUGAAACAAAUGAUCUUUAAUUGAUCCGAUUAAUUUA